AUGCGCGCCUGGCUGCGCGCUGCGCUCGUCCUUGGGGCGCAGCUCCGAGCGCUGUGGCUGGCGGCAGCAGUGGAAGUUCACACUGCCAAGGAGGUGGUGGCCGUGAACGGCACCAACCAGCGGCUGAAAUGCACCUUCUCCAGCAGCAGCCCCGUGAGCCAGCAGCUAUCCGUGAGCUGGAACUUCCAGCCCGAGGACCUGAGCGCCCACGAGCCGGUAUUUUACUACCUGAAGGAGCCCUACCAGCCCCCCUCGGGAAGGUUUAAGGACCGAGUCACCUGGGAUGGGAACGUUGAGCGCCACGACGUUUCCAUCAUGGUCUGGAACCUGAAGCCCAGUGACAACGGGACCUUCACCUGCCAGGUGACAAACUGGCCAGACGUCUAUGGCACCAUCGGGGAGGUGCGGCUCCGGGUUGUGCAGAAAGUGAGCUUCUCAGAAAUCCAUUUCCUGGCCGUGGCCAUCGGCUCUGCCUCUGGGCUGAUGAUCAUCGUGGUGACAGCCGUGAUCAUCUGCCGGCAGCACCGCAGGAAGGCGCGAGACAGGAGGGCGGAGGCGGCGGAGGCGGCGGACAGCGAGCGUAAAGAAAAGGAGAGCCUGAAGAUGGGGGAAAAGAAGGAGUCCAUUCCAUUGGAAGAUUAA